AUGUCACGACGCGACAUUACUGUGAUCCUAGAACGCCUCACACUUGAUCAUCGGACAUCAUUGGCAGAAAAGGCGUGCGCGUACCUGCAGGCAGUGGAGUCAAAUGGAGCGAUCAGGAAUAACCCAAGUCAUGCUGCUAUUUGCGUUGAUAUCGCAGCCGACCAGUACGUGUUGUCAAUAGAAGUAUCCCGACAAGCCCUUAUCCUCCUCUCGGGCGCACCGUCGCAUGUCACCUACGUAAACGCACUUCAGACACUCACGGGGUUCUUGACAGGAUCAGGAAGCAAGGACGAGCGGAAUAGUGGGGCGAGCGGCAAGAGUUUUGUGACUCAAGGCAUCAACGAUAACACACGACACGCCCACAUGCGGAAGUUACUCUCCUCCUCUACGGCAUCGACCCUUCGACAGCUGGCUGUUCAGUAUGGGUCUAUGGAGAUGGAUGAUCUGGUUCUGGAGUGCCUGGAGCAGUUCUUUGACGUCUGGGUUCGGUCACUGGUACCAGCGCAGAGAGUUCAUGUUGUCUAUUCGCAUGAGAAGUGGAUGGGUGCUGCGUUCUGGUUGUGUGCGAUGGCAAGGAAUAUGGUUGCCCCGAAGGAUGCGGAAGAUGCAAACAAGGAUAAGGCCAAGGGAUCGACGACUACAGCAGCAGCAGCAGCAGCAGGAAGUACUAUGAAACCGAAAAAGAUUGGCGGGCGUCAGGGCAAGGAACUGAAGGAUAUGAUCAUGGCAGCUGUCGGACACAAAGUGCAAAAGAAGGAGCUCGAGACGACCAUCAAGCUGAUUGAGGAGAAGGUGCCGGAUUAUUUCGUUUCUCUUAUGAAACCCAGUGGAGGCGCGAGCAUUGUAAAGUCGACUGCCCCAAGGAAACGGAAGGCGUCGAGUAACAGCGACACGAGUUCAGGGGGAGGACUGGAAGUCAUCAUCCCCGAUGGAGCAGAUACUUCGGCCACGCAGUGCAAUGAGGAUGGCAGCGCACCUGGAGGUGAUUUUAAGAACAUGGAGCAGUCAGGGCCAAGCUCAAGUAGACGGAUCGGACAACAAGCGACGGACCCUUAUCGGCGGCUCGGAGCAAAGCGGACGAUUUCGAAUGUGAGCCAGAUCUCUCGUUCUUCUGACGUGGAGGGUGAUGAGGGGGAGUCAACGAGACAAGCCACGCGACCAGCAUCAAAACGCUCAAAGAUGGACGUUCAGGCCGGACCAGACCUGUCGUCAGCAGGAAUCAUGAGUACCAAGAAGGGUGCGUCUCGAAAGAAUCUCAAGGAAGUAACAGCGGCGUCACAGACAGCAAGUCAGAUGCUCAGCCAGCGGCGCAAAACAGGAGGCAUCUACAGCAUGAUUCCACGGGUCAAGUACGAGAACACUAGGGCAUACGCCCAGUAUCAGGAGUGGAAGUCUCGCAUCCUCAUGGCAGCGGAGAACGCCAAACUCAUCGGAUCACAGGAGAUGUCACACGCAACACAAAGCCAGACUGAUGCACCAUCACCCGAGGCCUCAUUUGUCUCUCAGGGAAAGACACACCUCUUGCUGUGGGCAAUGGCAGAGGAGUACCUCGAACAGGCACGGUCCCUGUGUUUUAUUGCCACUACUCAGUCUGGCUCCCAACCAGGUUGGCGAGCACACCACCAGGACCUAAUCAUGUGUGCGAUCAAGUGUCUAGUCGCAUGUGUCUCGAUCGAGUCACCUUCUAUGACCCAGCUCGACAAGGCCAAAUCUCGACUGAGACUGGCCCAGGUCCUGUUUGAGGAGACUGAGAGUGUUGACAGAUCCGAGGAGGAGGUCACUAAAGCGAUUAUCAUCGCGGAUUCUAUCCAAGGGUCGUCAGCUCUGGAAAUUCAGCUGAGAUUGUACGAGCUGCAGACACAGAUUUAUAUCGAGACGAAGAGGUUUCGGCUUGCCAAGAACACACUCAGGAUCGCUUCGGCGGAGGCUGCAAAGCAAGGACUACAUAACUGGUCAUAUCAAUUAUACUUCCUAAAGGCGCGAGUACACUUUAUGAUGGAAGAUGUGGCAGGUAGUCUGACGACUCUGAACCAGGGAGCUGCACUUGCGGAACAACAAGGAGACUUUGAUAUCAAGAUGGCCUUCUGGAUCGUGUCUGGACAGUACUCUCUCUUGCUAUCCAAGUGGGAUCAAGCCAUGUUCUAUCUUCAAAAGAUGACGCCUCAUAUGGGCAUAGCAGAGCUUCUUGACUUCACCACAACCACAGCAACAGUAGCAACGCCUCCAACAACAACAACCGAUGGUGGAUCAUCACCAGCACCAGUAACGCCGCCAUCGCCGGCGGCGCAGGGACCGCCACAGGAAUUGGAUUACCAACAGUGUCAGUCACAACAAUUGAAGGUCUUCUUCUUGAUCCUCUAUAUCUUUUGCAUGAUUCGGUCGGGACAGGUCGAAAAGACGCUAUUUGCGCUCACUUCGUUGCAUGGGGCUCUCGACGGAACGCGGCCGAGAGACACAGACGAGCUGCAGGGCGUUUUCAGAGUGUCUCUCAAGAAUCGGAUCGAUGACUCUCCUCAGGGUCGCCAGCAAGCUUCUCAACGACCCCAACAAGCUUCCCAACAACCCCAACAAGCUUCCCAGCAACUCCAACAAGCUUCUCAACAACCCCAGCCAGCCUCUCAGUCGUACAUCUGUAUCCGGUGGAUGACAUUCUCUCAAGUAUAUUGCUUGACUUACUUGUUGUCUGGAAUCUGCAGCAAAGCAGAUAUGACUCAGCCCAUGAAAUCACAGCAGUUUCUCGUCGAAGGAAUCAAGGUGGUCGAUCGAGAGUUUACUGUAAACGAUUACGCAUCUUCCAGUGUCUAUGUUCGACGGAAUCAGCGGUGGUUCUCGCUCCUGCUGAUGACCAUGCUCUUACACUUGACCGAUGUGUUUUUACUAAAGUUUGAGCUUGACUCUGCUCAAGAGACGUUACUGAAGGCCACAUAUUGGGCACAGGUCUGCGGGGCUUGGGACUUGUUCAAGUGGCGAAUCUCGCUGACGACUGGAAUGAUCAUGCAGCUCGGAGGUCGACUGAACGAGGCAAUGGACUGGUACAACAUCUGUUUGAGCCACUCUGAAAAUCCGCAUCAAGAUCCUGAGGGCUAUGAAGCAAAGACCCUGGCUCUUAUCAGCACUGGCCUCAUCUUUAGCGGCGAACGUUAUUACAACCCACAGAGAGCUAGAGUGAUAUUGGUGGAAGCCAAGGCCAGGCAAGCAACGAUGCAGUCGGCUAAUGUGAGGUGUGCGCUUCAUAUUCUUGACGGCGCAACCAAUGAAGGGUUGAUUCCCGCCAGACAACACUUGCAUGAGUCGCUCAAGACAUCAGGCAGUCUGAUGAACACACAGCUAAGAAGUAUAUCGCUCAUGCUCCUGGGCAAUUUCUACAAGGAGGGGCAUGAUGCACAGGCAGAGAAGAUGCUGGCAGCAGGGUUUGCGCAUGCGGCCAAGACGUGCAACCAGAUUGUCGCAGUAUCCACAGGGUUCACAUUGAAAGACCUUUACCUGCAGACAUCCAGGGGUAUCAAGGCCAGCGAGCAGGCCCAAAGGAACAAGGCCUUCCUGGAUGAAGUAGACAAGGCGUUCCAGGCGAGGGAUCACAUGGACCCCAACGCACAGGUCGCACCAACAGGGAAUCCCGUCCGAAGACGCAAAACGGAGCAGGGCGCCAUGAACCCAAUAGAAGCGACGGUCACCAAGCUGUUGGUGGCGACGAAACAGCUCCUCGAGGGCCUGACGCUUUGGUCGACGCGGCAAAUGAACGAGGACCAGGUGUCGGAUAUCUUUGUCCAGCUCGCCACCCAAUUCAACUUGGCUACCCAGUCGUUCCAAGAGGUUGGCAUUGAUACCAGCGAGCUGGCACAUAUCCCCGAUGACCUCAGAAGCUGCCUGGAGACGGCUCUCGGCGAGGAACCAUCACCGUCAUCACUCGACCAAUACCUGCCAAAGAUCAAGGAAGUUAUCAUUAACCUUUUGCAGGGCCUGCGUAUGAAGCAGAACCUGUACCGCACCCAGAACGACGCAAAGACAGCGCGUAUGCAAGCAGCAGUAGUAGCAGCAGCAGCAGCAGCAGCAGCAGGAACUACAGGACGAUCCAAGAGCAAUGGAAGCGCCUUCCGACAGCCCCACAUGAAUAGGAUGUUGGAAGAUGGCGGCGGGGCGAGUACUACUCGGAGCCAGUCACUCAAUGCAGGGCCACCACCGACCGUGUCGAUUUCUUCUCCGCAGGACGAACAAGGACAUGCCGACACCCUGGCCUCCCUUCGCAAGAGCGAUGCUAUUACUCGUCGUGCCUCUUCUCGACGCCAUUCACAGCGAUUCUCGACCUUGCUGGAGCAGAAUGCCCCUCCAGUUCCUCGAAGGAACCCCAUGACAGACCCAGCGAUGCUGUCGACUUAUGCGGGAUACUCCACCCCGCAGGCUUCCAGCCCUCUGGCGAGUCCUAGCGGUUCUAUUCCUUAUGGUCAGUUCUCGCCUCUGGCGACUUUUGACGCUUACCCAAACAGCCCAGCUCUGUCGAGCAGCAGUAUGAACAAGUCUAUGGACUGGAUGUCUCCCCCUCCAAGCGUCCCGAUGCCUAUUCUACCCAACGGUAGCAUGGUCCAUAUCCCAUCCUCUACCGACGAGCCUAUGUUGGGAUCGUCGUCAAUGGUCAACCCCGACAUCCUUAAUGCUGACUCUGGAGUUCCCACUCACCAAGCGCAGAUGCCAUCAGGAUCGACUGAUACUCUUAACAGCGUGACGGCGCCAACGAUCCUCAGCAGCAUUGAUCCCGCAAGCUCGAUGUCCCUGCCAUCGUCUGACACUACAGGUCCAGUGGACACGAGUCUGACACUGUUCCUCCAAGUGGGCAAGAGUGUAAAGAAGACCAAAUUUGAGGGCGAACUAACCCACUCUGGCCUGCGAAUGCUCUUCAUGGAGAAGUUCCAGUACAACCCAGGACAGGAGGACUUCCCUACCAUUUAUGUCAAGGACCCGCAGACAAACAUCCAUUAUGAGCUCGAGUCUCUGGCAGACGUCAAGCAGAACGCAUUUCUGUCGCUCAAUGUCGAUGAUUUGGAGAAUAUUCAGCGUAAGAUGGAUCAAGGUUUCGCGGCACUAUCCAAGGAAUUGAGUGAGAUCAAGAAGGCACAAGAGACAAUGGAGACAGCUCGACAGAAGGCGGCGGCAGCAGCAGCAGCGGCGGUCAAGGAUGCGCCUGAGCGUAGCGCGGGGUCGAACCCCGAGAGCUCUGCUCUCCUUCGAUCAGUCGUCCAAAAAGUCCUCAUCAAGAACAAAUCAGCAGCGGCAUUGACGAGUCAAGGAAGCAUUUCAGCGGCAGAUUUGAAGCCUCAACAGGACGAGGUGCGUUCGUUACGCCGGGACCUGGGAGUAGUUCGACAGAUGUACACCGAGCUCCAGAGCGAGACCAAGACCAUGCUCGGGAGUUUGGCAGGAUACACGUCUCAGAUCCGCAAACAGGCUCUCGAGCAGCCCGUGUCGGCGAGGAUGUUUAUUGAGACUGGUAAAGUCAAACUGGAUAAGAAGUCGGAGGAUCUGACAAACAAGAUCGAGGACUUGCAGGAUGUGGUUGAGGACAUGAAGCUCAACGUCACUCAGCGUCGUGGUCGACCCAGCGAUAUCUCUAUGGCGUUUGUUGACAAGCAGUGCGAGGAGAUUGAGCGGGACCUUGCCGAGCUUUCGGAUUACAUUCCUUCGAUCCGGCCCUCGUGGAAGAAGACCUGGGAGGUUGAGCUGCAAACGAUUGUGAAGGAGCAGAUGUUCUUGAAGGAGCAAGAGGCCUUGCUGGAGGAUCUCAAGGAGGACCGGGGAUCUUUGAUGCAGACGCUCGGAAACCUGAAGAAGGUGGUAGAGUUGCAGGACAAGAACGGCGGGGUCUUGGGAGGCAAGUCUCGAGAGUUUAUAUUCCAGCCUCAAGUGGAUGGUAGCUUUGAGGGCCUGAAGACGGUGAUGGAGGAGGUCAAGAUGAUUGAGCCGGAUUCAAACAAGCGUCUGAAGGCGAUGGCGCAGAUGGAGAAACUGCGCCAUAUUGAGCUGUCGAACCGGAUUGAUGAGUUUGAGGAGGAGUUGACGACGUUUGUGGGAGCGAGCAAGUUGAGGAAGACUGGUGGAGCACAAGAGGUCGAGCGACAGAGGCAGCAGAGGGAUCUUGAGAAUUUGAAGGCCAUGUUUGCCAAGAAGGAACAGGAUGUCCCGGUCGCAGACCAAGGCGACGGAGCAUAG